AUGACAAGAAGUGGAGUGGAAAACAGAGGCGAGGUCAAGCAGCGCUGCACGUCAGCAUGCACCGUUCCAAGCCAACAGAUGUUUUCUAAAUCAACGGUUUCCACACCGGAUCUCACACUGCCACAACCAACUCGUCUAGACACUUGCGCAGGAAACUGCCAGUGA